AUGGAAUCUUUAUACAGAGAAAGAGAAAGAGUUAGUGUUGAAAAUUUGUAGUGGAACAGAGAAAUACAGAAAAUGGGAGAUACUAGUACUAAUCAUAUUCCUCGAGUGAAGCUUGGAAGCCAAGGCCUAGAAGUUUCUAAACUGGGAUAUGGAUGCAUGGGCCUCAGUGGAAUCUACAACGAUGCUGUUCCAGAAGAUGUUGCUAUAUCUUUGAUCAAACAUUGUUUCAACAAAGGAAUCACUUUCUUCGACACAUCAGAUGUUUAUGGACCGCAUGUUAAUGAAGUUUUGGUCGGAAAGGCAUUAAAGGAUUUACCAAGAGAUCAAAUUCAAAUUGCUACAAAAUUCGGGGUUGUUAAAAUGGAAUUGGGUAAAGUUGUUAUAAACGGUAGUCCUGAAUAUGUUCGAUCUUGCUGUGAGGGUAGUCUUCAACGUCUUGGGGUUGAGUACAUCGAUCUGUAUUAUCAGCACCGUGUUGAUACCACUGUUCCCAUUGAGGAUACUAUGGGAGAGUUGAAAAAGCUAGUUGAAGAGGGAAAGAUUAAGUAUAUAGGAUUAUCUGAGGCUAGUACUGAUACAAUCAGACGGGCACAUGCUGUUCAUCCUAUUACUGCCGUUCAAAUGGAAUGGUCCCUUUGGACUCGUGAGAUUGAGCCGGAUAUUGUUCCCCUUUGCAGGGAACUUGGUAUUGGAUUAGUACCAUAUAGUCCCCUUGGCCGUGGAUUUUUCGGAGGCAGGGCUAUCACGGAAAGUAUACCGGCAAACAGUUUUCUGGUAAUGGAACCAAGGUUACAAGGAGAGAAUUUGGACAAGAACAAGAUAUUUUAUUCUCGAAUGGAAAAGUUGGGAGAGAAGCAUGGAUGUACACCUUCACAACUUGCUCUUGCGUGGAUUCUUCGUCAAGGAGACGAUGUAGUGCCAAUCCCUGGAACAACUAAGACGAAAAAUCUUGAAAGUAAUAUCGGUUCGUUUAAAGUGAAGCUCAACGAAGAUGAUUUGAAGGAGAUUGAAGAUGCAGUGCCAAUAUCAGAGGUGGCAGGGAAUCGAACAACCGAUGCUUUUGUUCAAUGUUCAUGGAAGUUUGCUAAUACUCCACCAAAAGCAUAACUUGAUGCCAGUUUGCUAAUGCAUCAGUCAUAAAUUUUAUCCUAACUGUGUUCCAUAUGCUUAAUUAUGUUCAUGUUAUCUGAUUAAACCAGUUUGCAGAAGCAUAUGUAAAUUCAGAUUUUAGCUUAUUUACUCCUAGUUUUGAAACGUAUAUUAUCUGUUAGACAAAAAUGAUUGAUUUCCACAGCUGCAAUGGUAUAGUAAUUUGUAUAUUUGAAUCUCAAUGGAAGUUCCAAAUGUGUGUUUCUGUGACACAUACAACUCAA